AACAAUGAGACGUUCAGUUCUGCUGUUGCUGCUCUUCCUGGGGACGUGCUCGGCUUCUACCUAUAAAAAUGUGGCCUUGCGUGGAAAAGCAACUCAGUCAUACCGCUACCAGGGAUCGCCUUGGUAUGUUUUUGGAGCUGCUUCCAAUGCCAUUGAUGGAAACCGUGAAUCUGAUUACAUGGCCGGUUCAUGCAGCCACACUAUACCACAGACCAACCCCUGGUGGAGGGUGGACCUGAUGGAGUCCUACGUGGUCACCUCUGUCAUCAUAACCAACAGAGGAGACUGCUGUGCAGACAGGAUCAAUGGGGCAGUGAUUCACAUCGGCAACUCUUUACAAGACAAUGGUGCUGCAAACCCAGUGGUUGGUGUAAUUCCUAGUAUCCCAGCAGGCAGGUCUUAUACAGUAACUGUUACAAAACACGUGGAGGGACGUUAUGUGACUGUGGUUUUACCUGGUCAAGGAAGGAUCCUCACACUCUGUGAAGUGGAAGUCUACGGGUACCGUGCCCCAACUGGAGAGAACCUGGCACUCCAAGGAAAAGCCACACAGUCAUCACUGUAUCCAUCUGGCAUAGCAUAUAAUGCUAUAGAUGGGAAUCGUGCCAACAAUUGGGAAGAGGCUUCUUGCUCUCACACAAACUACAACUUCGGUCCCUGGUGGCGUCUGGACCUACAGAAAACCCAUAAAGUGUUUUCUGUUAAGAUAACCAACAGAGAUACACAAGCACAACGACUCAAUGGAGCUGAGAUCCGCAUUGGAGAUUCUACUGCAAACAAUGGCAACAACAAUCCCAGGUGUGCUGUGAUCACACACAUCCCUGAAGGUUCUACCCAAACGUUCCAGUGUAAUGGGAUGGACGGCCGCUAUGUUAACAUAGUCAUUCCUGGAAGAGCCGAGUACCUGACCCUGUGUGAGGUGGAGGUGUAUGGCUCUAGACUGGAUUAGAUCUCAUGAGGUUCAAAA